UCUUGCCGCGUUCGGUCACGCCGCUCUGCACCUCCUCAGCUCUUGUGCUAACCUGCGUGGUGAAGCCAGAGUCGGUUCUCUUGUUCCCACUCGAGGGAAAACCUUUUCCCAUAACGGGAACGUGCCAUUUGUUACUCAGACAUCAUCCCUAUAACCUGAAAACUCGGAUUAACCUAUCCCCUGUAAGGUUAUCCUGCAAAACAGCGUCCAACCAUCCUUGUGACUGCAAACCGAACGUGGAACCAUCUACUGCCAGCCAGGAAAUGUGUUCCAGAUCCCGAUGCCUAGACUGAGACGAGGUGUGAGACAACACGGCAGAGAAUAGAGAAAGAUAAGACAGGGAGAGUGUGAGGAAGGUAGAGAGGGAGAGGGAGAGGGAGAGAGAGAGAGAGAUAGAGACUCGCUUCCAGUGCUGAUAAGAGGUGGCGAUCAGAACUGCAACAGGAAGUAAGUAGCACUGAACAUCCUUCUCUUCCGUAGCGUGUCUGUGGUGCAUGACUGCUGAAGGAGGGAGGAGGAGGAGGACGCAGUGCAGUAAGAUAGAGAAGCUCCUCCUCCACCCAGUAACCUAAAGCGGCCGGGCGGACACUGCCACACUGCCUCACUGCUCCUCCACUUCUGCUCCACCCGCAACUCAGCUGGAAACUCACCCACAAACCAGCUAACGACAUGGCCCAGAGACACUACUGACCUGGAACGACCUACACCCAGCCGUGGCGGUCAUGAUCUGAGGUGUGCGUACAUGUGUGCGUGUGUAUACGUGAAAACUUAAAGGCAGACCCAGGUGGUGGUCAGCCGGGCGGACUGCGGCACCGUAUAAAUAAUUUUUGCUGGAACGGGAAUUUCACGGAGCCACGGAUUUCCAGAGGAGGAACGACUGGGCGCACGGAAAGCGGAAAAUACAGACAAUCGAGAGCAGGACAAGAGUAACGGACAUUUGUAACACACACAAGAUGUGGAUGUGGAGUUUCAUGGGUGCGGACGGGCGUGGAUGGGCGGGCGUGGGCGUCAGCAGGCUGGAGGUGGAAGCUGGAGCCUCAUUCUGCCGCUGCUCCUGCUCCUGCUGCCCCCUUAUGCUCCCCUAGCGGCCUCCCAGUACACAGUCUCCCCAACAUCCACAGAGUCCGGGGCGUGGGUUGGCGUGGAGAACAACACAGUGGUGAACGUGAAAGCCCAGCUGGGUUACACCGCCUUCCUGCCCUGCUCCGUGCGCAUGAUCGGCGACAAACAGAUCUCCUGGAUUAGACGGCGCGACUGGCACGUGCUCACCUCAGGAGUCUUCACGUACACCAACGACGAGCGGUUCUCCAUCACACACAGGGACGGCGCCGACGACUGGACGCUCUCCAUCAAGUACCUACAGGAGCGUGACAACGGAACCUACGAGUGCCACAUCUCCACCGGGACAGGAAUCGUGAGCCAGUUCGUGAAUCUGAACGUGAUCGUGCCUGAGGCGUUCAUUCUGGGCAACAGCGAGUACCACGUGGAGACCGGCUCGCCAAUCAACCUCUUCUGCAUCAUUGAACAGACGCCCAUCCCGCCGCAGAUGAUCUCCUGGAAGCACAAUGGACGCCUGCUCAACUACGACAAGGAGCGUGGCGGCGUGUCGGUCACCAUCAACAACGGCGCCAAGACUUCCUCCAGGCUGAUCAUAUCCAACGCCAACACUUCAGACUCCGGCAACUACACCUGCGUCGCCCCCAACACCAGGCCCGCCGUCGUCCACGUCUUCGUCAGCCAAGGUGACAAAACAGCCGCCAUCCAGAGGAGAACGUCGGGGAGCCAGAGUGUGUUUGGGGCACGUGGGCGGUUGUGGGCCGCCCUCCCCGCCCUCUUCUCCCUCCUCUGGGCGACUUCCUCCGCCACUCAGCUGCUGUUAUAGUGUGGCUGACUCCCUUCCCUGCCUCCCUCUGCCCCUGCCAUCACCCGCAGCAACAUGCGGCCUAUUCUAAUGUAGGGGCAUCGGAGUUUCCGCCUGUCCUGCACCGCUCAUAUAAUUAAGGAUUUGUGAGGUUCACCAGGAGGCACGUUGCCUCUCAAUAGAACGUAAUGCCUCUAAACAAAUCGUGUAAUCACCAACAGACCAAGUGUGCCCUUCAUUGAGUGUGUUCUGCAAUACGGAGUGAAUCCUCAGAUACAGCGCGUGGCCAUAGCAAUGUGCCGACGAUUUUACCAAUGUGUGUGUUCUGCGACAAGACAGCAAAGUACAUGGUCUGCAGCACAACGUGUGGAUUCCGAAAAAAGGCAUAAGGCCAGUAACAAGAGACACGAUUCAUAAUGCAACGUAUGGCCAUCUUGUAAAGUGCGUGGCGACGUGCUCUCCGUCCUCCCGAGCCUCUCAGCAGAGCACGAGCCAAGGUUUCAGCGCCCUGUCAGCGGCACGGGAGGCCCGGGCACUGCAGCCACACUCACUGAUUACUGCUCGCCAUGUAAUAUCUCCCUGGGGAGUUUACAGUCUUUAGUUGUGUGUUAGAUACCAGCUCAAGGAAGAACAGGCUGCGCCGAGGGUCGUGAGCCGUCAGCUGCUGCAGGGGAGGCGCGUCCUCCCCUCCCUCCCUCCCCCCUUGGCUCUGUCUGUAGAGUAGACUAAUUUUUAUAUACCAGAAAAUAAGAAAAGUACAUUCUUCUCUAUUUGAUGACAUUGCUAUCUGUAAGGACAGAGUGAAUGAGUGAGUGAGUGAGUGAAUAACUGAGGUGAGUGAGUGUAUGUGUGUAUAAUACGCAUAUAUGUCAAUAUAUGUGGGACGUAACCUAAAUAUAUAUCUGAAUAUAUAUAUAUAAAAAAAAAGACAUGAUGUUGAACGCAUAACUCUGUCGGACUCUAUAUUUCGUAACGUGUAUGUAUAAUGUUAGUCAUGUGCACAUAUUACCCUUACGUGCACCAUGUAUGUAGCUAAUGUGUGCACAGACCACUCCCUGGAAAAGGUAUCAUUAUAAAUUUCUUUAAGAUGACCCACCAAGACACCCGGGGGUCCCACAGGGCAGGAGGAUGACCGCCGGGACACAUGCUGCGUCCCACUCUUGGUCCGCUGGCUGCCGCCCCUCACCCCUCAGAAUGUUCAGUGUACAUACCUUACACAGUGCUCGUAUCGGAAACCCGUCACCCCUGCUGCUCCCUCGGGACUCUCAGGACAACACUGGGCUUUUGCUGACCCGUAAGAUUAUUUACGUAGCUCUAAACUGCAUGGCAUCUCAAUCUCAAGUCGAUUUUUAUCUUCAAGCCUCAUUUUUCCUGUGUGCUGGUCGAGACUGGAAAUUCUUAUGUUACAUUGUUUACCUAAAUAUGUACUGAGAUAUAAAAUUGAUAAUCAGAACAGGCUCCUCUCUCUCUCUCUCUCUCUCUCUCUCUCUCUCUCUCUCUCUCUCUCUCUCUCUCUCUCUCUCUCUCUCUCUCUCUCUCUCUCUCUCUCUCUCUCUCAGCCCAGCCAAUAAAUUCAAGAAUAUCCCGAGUACAAACUUUAUGAUUUCAAUUAGCGAAUGGAUUUAAUAAUUCCAUCGUGCAAACAUAUCACACGGGGAAAUAGAAUUAAGGCUUCGUCAGAUGUGGUCAACUCACAACGGAAUAUUUAAUGGCAACUUUUAUUAACGCGAGGAUAUUACCAAAUUGUUCCCCGUCCCUCUUGCCCUGGAGAGAGAGAGAGAGAGAGAGAGAGAGAGAGAGAGAGAGAGACGUGCCAAAUCCACGAGAAUAUACAUGAGGCUGGAAAGGGCGAGAGGGUAAAUAAUGCUUAAAAAUUCUAACCAUCACUCCGCUCUGAUUUUCUUUCUUUCUUCUCUUCCCCUCUGUCGAUUCCCUUCAUUUGCUCCCCUUUUACCUUUUCCUCUCUAUGUUCGCCUGUCUCUUUCCUCUUAUCAAUAACUUUUCCUUUCAUCUUCUUCUCUUACUUCCUCUCCUCCUUCUUCUCCCAUCUGUUCGUGUUAUCUUACAUUCUUUUCUCCAGCUAUUAUCUCUUUUCCUUUUCCUCUAUUCUUUAUUUCUCUCUAUUUCCUCCUCCUCAUCCUCUUCCUCCUUCUUCUCUUUUCUUCCCCCUGCUCCUCCUCCUCUUUCUAUUUCUCUCUAUCUUCAACUAUCUCGUUCAUUUUACCAGUAAGAUUUCCUUUCUCCUUUUUUUCUUUCUUCUUUCUUUUCUUACUGUUCCUUUCAUCCUAUUUAUUUUUUCUUUGCCUCUGCUUCCUCCCUUUUCUCUUUUUUUUUUACCAUUCGCCAUAACUUUUCUUCUUCUCCUCUUCCUUCUUUAUCUCCGCCUGUCCCAUUCCUUUUAUCAUUAAGUUUUCCUUCUUCUUUCUUCCGCCUUCCCUUACUCCUCCUCUUCCUCGUCUUCACCAUCUUGUUCCUGCUAUCUUUCCUAUAUUUUCCUCUAUUUCCUUCCUUACCUACUUUCUACUACACUUUUUUUUAACUCUUUUCUUCCUCUCCCCCUUCUCCUCUUCCUCCGCCUCCUCUCCAUCACGUGACACAGAAAAGGUAGUUGUGGCUCCGGUUACCAUUGACAGUAACUCACGGAUAAAAUUGUAAUUGAGAAUAUUGCCAAACUUUUCUCCUCAUUGAGAUAUCUAUGUCGAAAAGUGGUCGUCAGUUCCCUUGGUUACCUACACCCCACACCUGUCCCCCACAUCUGCCACAAAGGGAUAGGAUUACUUAAAGAAGAUGGGAGGAGGUGUGUGGGCAGGGGGGAAUGAGGUACUGUCUGAUGUGACUCUUAUAGUACUUAUGGAGUGAAAAACGUGGCGUGGUUCAUUCGCUUUUACUUCUUCGAGUUUAUUUUUUUUUUUUUUUUUUCUUGGGGGCGGAGGUACAGCGCGACGUUCAUUAAUAAUCAUAGUCUUCGAAGUUUUUGUUUAUGUAUAAGAGUUUGAAGAUUUGAUUGUUUUUCUUCUUGUGUUUGAGGAGGAAAGAAAACAUUGUGAUCUUGGUCCUCUCUCUCUCUCUCUCUCUCUCUCUCUCUCUCUCUCUCUCUCUCUCUCUCUCUCUCUCUCUGUUAUGAUAUUACCGUUUGUCCUCUAGAUUCUUUUAUUUCUCACCGUUAUUCCAUACUUUACUUAUUUCUUCUACGUCAAGGCCUGAGUCACCUCCCAGCCAGUCCGGGUCGCCUCACACCAACAGUCUUGUCUGAACCUUUAGAGUCCCGUGCCAGGAGCAGUGGUUGGGUGAGAUCUCACUCAUCACGUGUUUUUACGAUGCUUUUUUUUCUACGCCUAAAAUCUGUGAUACACCACCAGAUGUACAGACAUUGUAUAGGAAACAUUACGACCCGAUUGAUUUCACCUUUAUUUGUGUCUCGCGCUGCUCAAAAGUGCGUUCCUCGUGCGCUGUGUUACUCGGACUCAGGUGGCGACGCCGAGUGCAGCCCUCCCAGUGCGACGGACAGUGAGAUGCAAUGAAGAAAUAAUGAUGGUAAUGAUGGGAAAACGUAGGAGAGCUGGAAUUUCUGGUAAUAAGAUGCACCAAAGAAAUGCUGAUAAUAAAGAAAGAACAUGAGAAAACUGUUAUUUUGGGAAGUGAGAUGUACCAAAGAAAAGGUGCUAAUGAUGAUGGGACAGAACUGGAAAUUUUACCUUUAGAAACUGUACGUCAAAAAUCUCCACUGAUUGGUGAGGCAAAAUCUUGUGACAGACAAAGUGACGAGGAACGCCCAAGAAAAGAAUUACAUGUGACAGAGGAAAGACUCUUGGCUGUCCCUUGGCGUUCCUAGCUGUCCUUAGUGACCGGCGGCCAACACAAACUUGUAGUACAUGUUGCCUCUGGGACGCCACAAGUGAAUUUCGUGUCUGUGUCGCAGGGAAAGACAAAAAAAAGUAAAAUCCAAGUUAGCUGCGUUUCUGUUAAAGUGGAUCUCACUGGGGGACGCAAAUGACAUAAUGUUGCACAGUGUGAACGAAUAAGACUUCAACUAAACUCAAAAUGUACAGGCAAACUUUGUCCCCGAAAGACACAUGAGAACAUUUCAUGCACUGUGACAUUAUUCCAAGUAUAACAGAAGCUAAAAAGAAAAGUAACAAUAAUAAUUAACAGAGUAACAUAUUUUGUACUUUUGAGGUAGUGUGUACGUGAAUUUCCUCAGCAACUCAAGAGUCCAGUGUGGGUUGUGUUCGGCACUCUACGACUGACUGGCGUCGAGCUCUCGUGUCACGGAGACGCGCGAGGUAGAUCUACUUUGCCGCUCAGCUCCCGUGGACGAGGCUUGCGUUUAACAAGUUCAUGGUAUUCUGUGAUGCCAGUAACAAAGUUUACCUGGUUUCCAUAGUGCCACAGUACUGUACUUCUGGCACUGGCUCACGUUGGCACUCUGUCCGCUCACCUCCUCUGUACCCCACACCCCUCUCUGGGGCACGUGACCACCGGGUGCCACGCUCCCCACGCCAUGAGUCCCAGGGAGCCUCCGUGGGUCCUCUCGGCCUGUCUGAAGGCUCGGGAGUCUCUGUGUAGUGUUCUUUACAAUAAAAGUACCAAAAGUU